GGGCCAAUCGUCGGAGGAUACCGGUACGAGGACGGGAGCCGCUACUGGGGGGAGUGGAACUCGAAAGGCCAACGCCAUGGUACGGGCGCACUCAGGCUUACUGACAAGUCCUUGCUCCAGUCUGCCUUCUGCGAGGACCUGGCCACUGGGCAUGGUGUUCUCACCUUUCCUGAUGGCGCUAAAUACGAAGGAGAAAUAUUAAAUGGUUGGUUUCAUGGCUAUGGAGUCUUCUGGAGAGCAGAUGGAAUGAAGUAUGAAGGAGAGUUCAAAGGAGGAAGAGUUUGGGGCUUAGGUCUUGUGACUUUCCCAGAUGGCAAUCAUGGUUUUCCAAGGCACGAAGGAUAUUUUCAAGACUGCAAGCUGAUGAUGGGGAAACGUUGUCCAGACGUAAUACAAAGAGCACAGAAAGCAGCAUUCAUGGCCAGAAUUAGAAUUAGAGAAGAAAUUUGA